AUGAGCAGUACUCAGCCUCCCUACUAUUCUUCCACCUUCGGUGAACCCAACCAGAACCCCAGCGCAACUACUGCAACUGGGACUCAAGUUGGCAGCGGCAUCACCAGCACCGGUCAAGCAAAUACUGGCCCUGCGCGCACCACUGCCGGACCGCAUCAAUCUGAUCUAGCCAACAAGGCCGAUCCCCGCGUGGAUAGCGAUCUGAACAACCGCGCUCAGUACGCCCCUGGCGCGACAACCACCGGCAACGUACAUCCCCAGGCAACCCAGAACGUAUCGAACCCUCAAAGCUCCACCGCGGGUCCUCACAAGUCCUCCCUUCUCAAUAAGCUCGACCCCCGCGUCAACAGCAAGACGGGCGAGAUGUCUUCCAAGUCGACCAACGCAACCGGCUCUGGAGCCAUGCGUGAACCUACCGACACCACCGGCGGAGCCGCUUACCAGCAACCGAACCAAGCGGCUACCGCUGCCGGAGGCGCUGCCUCAAGCGCAGCUGGCUACAACACGGCCCCGGUCUCGGGAUCGCAAACCACCAGCGGAGUAGGAUACCAACCGACGCAAUCAUCCGGGAGCACAUAUGGCACCCAAUCCAAGUCGGCUGCUGCCGGGGAAUCUGUUGGCGGCGGUGUGAAGUCGGCAGCUGCAGGAAUCCAUGGAGCGGGGGAGUCAUUGCGAGGCGGGCUCACAGCUGCGGUCGACAAGGCCUUUGGGCACGAAGAAGGGGCCGCCAAAAACUCGGCCAUCGCUCGAGAAGGGGAGCGAGAGAUUCAAUCGGGAAACUUCAGCAGAACCCAGCGGUGA